AUGUUUUUAGUUCUUUUAUUUUUUAAGUCAUGCAAGAAAAUUUAUGAUGAUUUCGAGUUCGAAAGAUGCAGAGUUUCCCAAGAUGGAACAUCAUGGGAAGUUGAAGCCGAUAUUCAGUCACUUGGAAUUUAUUUACAUGCAAAAUCAAAAUCAUCAUUAAAAGUCAUCUCAAACUAUUCAAAUGAGUCUGAGAUUAAGCCAGGAGAAGCAUAUUUCUUCGAUGAAAAUGCUACAGCAAAGUGUACAGGAAAUGACUGUGACAUUUCUUUCUGGUUUACAAAUGUUACAGUGCCUAGUGGAUCAAUUAUCGCAGAUUCAACUGGAACUUCAUUCUCUUUUGACAAAGAUGGCCUGGAAGAAAAAUAUUUUUCAUUUUUUGAUUUUGGAGAGAACUCAAGGAUCCUUGUUCAAGAUUUGAUGCACCCUAGACAAAAGGCAUUGCAUUUUUGGACCACAAUGACUAAUACGUCAAAUAAUACUUUUUUAGAUACAAUUUUAACGAAUGAUACAUAUCCAUUUAACUUUACAAGGCCUGCAAUGAUCCAGAUAUCUGAAGCCCCAUACAAUCAUGUCAAAUUCACCAUAAUUGCCGGAUCAUCCAUCAAAAACUCGCCAGAAUUCGCUCAAAACAAGCAAGUAGUGUAUUGGAAGAAUCUUGAUUACUCUAAAAAUGAUACAUAUGCCAUGCCAUCUGUUCAAUUCAACGCUGAUAUUGUGAAAUACGCAAUGAAUGGUUUAACUGCAUUUGGCUUCCUUUGUUCUAUACUACAAACCAUAAUUAUGCCAAUAAUUAAGAAGACAAAGAAGACACAGCCAGUCAGCGAACAAAAUGCGUCAUUACUUGAAGAUAAUUAG